CAUCUCACACUCGGUGUUUCGCGUACGCAGGUUCACGAGCUCCUUACCGACCCCAACAGCAGCUGGGGCAGCCAACCACUUUGUUGAACGGGAACUCGUUAGAAAGAGACGGUCGUGGAAAAAUCGUUGGAAAAGUGUAAACAGACUAGAAAACAGCGGAAUUAAACUGUUCUGAAACAUUGUUACUUUGUCACCUGAAGAACGGAAACCGUCGUCGCUUUUCGCCGGUACCGAGGAUAACACACAACUUCCCAAAGAGGAAUUCACUCAUUCAGGAUGUCGGAGUGAAACAAAGAGGUCUGAGGGUAUUCCUGUCGGAAAGGGGCUGAACUUCAUCCUUGUGGCCUUCUCUGAAUGGGAAAGAUGGAAAGGGACUUACAAUGGUGGAAAGGACAGCUAGCAGGGGAUAUCCAUCAGUCCCUCCGCAUCAAGGAAUUGAAGCUGCCUGUGUAUCGGGCCCACUCCCCUCAGAUAGGGAUGCGUCGGUACUUUGCAGACCUACUGGCCAUACUGUCGAACCGCUACCAGCUGUGUCCUACAGCCAGACACCUGUCUGUCUACUUACUGGACCUGUUCAUGGAUCACUACGAUGUGGCCGUCAAACAGCUCUACGUCAUCGCUCUGUCCUGCCUGCUCCUUGCCAGUAAGUUUGAGGAGAGGGAGGACCGGGUACCUAAGUUGGAGCAGCUCAACUCCCUGGGCUUCAUGUGUUCUCUGAAUCUUGUUCUCAACAAGAGAGACCUCAUCAAGAUGGAGCUGCUGCUGUUGGAGACAUUCAGCUGGAACCUGUGUAUGCCCACCCCGGCCCACUUCAUAGACUACUACCUCCAGGCCUCGGUGCAGGAGGGAGACCUGUACAACGGCUGGCCUCUCUCCUCCCUCUCCAAGACCAAAACCUUUAUGGACAAGUACACACACUACUUCCUGGAGGUGUCACUGCAAGACCAUGCGUUCCUGAGUUUCCGGCCAUCUCAGGUGGCGGCAGCGUGUGUAGCGGCGUCUCGUAUCUGUCUCCAGAUUUCUCCAAGCUGGACCACGUCUCUACACCUUCUGACUGGAUACACCUGGGACCACCUCACACACUGCAUCAAACUCAUGCUGCUUGCCCAUGACAACGAUGUGAAGGAGGCCAACAAACCCAAAUCCACCCCUCUGUUGUCUUGCUCCUCCUCUCUCCAGUCCCACCCUCCUCCCUCCCACCUCUCCCCAGUCCAGAGACCAGCUACCUCCGCCAACCCCCAGCAGCUCCUUUUCCAGCCUGGCCCAGUGGGCUUCCCUCACCUCUCCCAGCACUCCCCCUCCCUGUCCCAGCUCCACGCGCUAGCUGACUCCCAGGCCUUGGGGCCUGCUGUGGUCAACAUGUCCCAGGACAUCCUCCAAAGCCAAAGGAUGGGGCUGCUCACUGGGGCAGGGACCUUCCCCUCCUAUCCUAGCCUGACUUCAGGGCUGCAGCCUGGGGCUCGGGUGGCACCGCUGGCCUUGCAGGGCCCCAUCUCCAUGCAGGUAGCCUUGGCUGCGGAGCCGCGACACUGCCUCAGCAUGGCCUACACCGGAGGGUACCUGGGGGCCGUGGGCCCCCACCACACCUUCACGUCAGCGGGCUGCUUCGACAGGUGACGCCAGGAGACGGAGGAGAGGAUGAACAGCAAACCGCCCCGAGCCAGGGACAGGGAGCGCUGCAAUCCUCUUCCCUCACUACUUCCUCCUCCUCUCCGUUCCCUGGCAGACCUCCUCUCCAUCUCAGUCAGCACGCCUUCCCCCUCCUCUGCCGCACCCCGCCCUGCGCCCCCCACCCUCAGACAGAGACGGAGAGAAAGACGGCUAAAACACAAGCAAAGGUCAAAGGGCACCGAUGACCCCGUGGAGGUCAUCACACUGACAUGACACCUGACGUCACUGACUGACUGUUGAACGCUGUCUUCCGAUCCCGCCGCAGGAACGUGAUUCCAAGGCAGAAGCAUUAAACCCCAUGGUAGAAUGGUCACCGUAUGUCCCUGGUUAAGAUGCUGUUAUCACUGUGAACCAGAGGCUAUGCAGCAUGAUUCCUCCUCAGUGCCUCCUGGGUUUUGACCAGAGUGAUGUCUGUCUGUCUGUCUGUGAAUUCAGCUGAAGAUGAAGUGCUGCUGAAUCUCUGUCACUCUAAUCCAAAAAAAGAUCAACUCAACUGAAGACGAGUAAUUGGCCAGUAAAGUGACAUAUUGAGCUGCUGACUUGAGAACAGUGGUAUGAAGUGUUAUAAGUAGAACUACCAGUGAGUUGAAGAGGCUGUGUGUCACUUGCUAUGUCGGCUUUAUAUCACUCUUAUGCCAGUGAAUAAAGGGAUUAUGUCACUCGUGACUAAGUGCUCCAGGGGCAUUCUCAGAAUUCCUACCCAAAAUCCUCUCUGGCUGGGGAGGGGAGACCACAGAGUUCAUUGUUCCGUCACAGCAGGGGAAAUCCAUAGUUAACAUAGCUGUCAUGUUUUGUCUUUCUCUUCUUUCAUCCUUUCUCCCUCCUUGUCACCUCUCCUUACAGCCUUUAGUCUCCCUUCCUCCCUCCUUGUCACCUCUCCUUGCAGCCUUUAGUCUCCCUUCCUCCCUCCUUGUCAACUCUCCUUACAGCCUUUAGUCUCCCUUCCUCUCUCCUUGUCACCUCUCCUUACAGCCUUUAGUCUCCCUUCCUCCCUCCUUGUCACUUCUUACUUUUUGCAAAGUCUUGUCUUGUGGUGGAGCUCGCCUCAUAUCUGGAUCUUUGUUUCCAGAAGGGGGGGGGGUGUGUUCCAACCACCGAGGGUUAAAGAGUGAAGCUUUGUUUUCCACGUCCUUCCACUCAGACUUCAAGUGGAAGUGAACUGACAUGGAAUGCUCAUGGUUAAGGAGACUUGGAAACAUAGAAAUAGAAUGAUUGGCAUUCUAAUUCUAUGCUUAGAACUUUGUUGAAGUAGAUAAUGACAUUCUGCUGCCUUCUAUUAGAAGUGAUGGUUCUGUGUGAGCUGAAGACUUGUUUCCAUGAACCACAGCGUAUAUCAGGGACUUGAUUUCACGGAUUACUUGAAUACGAUGCCAUUGAAACGCCGUAGCUUUUAUUUAUAUGGACACAUUUAUUCCUUGUUGCUUUAUUUUCUAUUCUUUGGUGAAGUCAGUUUAGUUUUAGUUUUUAGUUGUUUUUUUUAUACCAGCGUGUAAUGUGUUUUUCUGUGCCCUUGUAUAACUGUAUAUUCAGGCUCAGGUUAGGCUGUGAAUAUACAAUCAGCCGUCUCCUUAUUGCUGAGGUUACCCAAUCAGCUGUCUUCUUACUGUGUCCUAUUGAGUGUGCUUUAAGUAGAUACUAGCAUGGCACCCAGGAGAGUUUCUCACUUAUCUACCUCUCUGAGGAAGAGGACCUGAAUUUUUAAAUAACAUACUAAGAUAUAUAAACAAACACCAAAUUUGCAUCCUGGUAGAAUCUGUGACCUUCCAGACGAUGAAGCACACAGCCCAUCUGCAGCUUGUCAUUACUAAUAGCUUCCCACAUUCCCAGCACUGCAUUUCCCCAUACUUCUACUUCCUGUUGGAACGUAAACACAUCCAGAUUCCCCUUCUGGGUCACAGGGGGUCUCGCUGGUUACCGUGGCGAUGGCCAAAAAAAUCUAAAUCAGGGGCUCACUCAGAAGAGAGUUAGUUGGAACGUUACAGAAUGUUUAGAUAGAAAUGUGCUGUUUAGAUCAGCUAUGGGUAUCUGUUGUGUAGAGCAGGGAAUAGUGGAAGCUCUAUAAAUCACAUUUCUAUCUGCAACGAUGUAAACUUCUGGUCCUUUUCUCUGUCCGUAUGCUAUUGAAUGUGUAUGUUUUUACUAUGGUUGUACCUUGUCCCCAGCAGUUUUCACACUUGAACUAUGCUGAUACUACUAAGGCUGUGUUCUGGUUCUCAGAACAUGUUCUAUAUAGGUUUUUCUGUUCUGAUUCUCAAUGUUCUAGGCUUAGAUAUCAGAGAUGUAUUUAAUUGAACGCUGUGUGAAGCUUGCUUAAACAAGUUAUCUGUCAAGCAUCUGAAAUGUGUCUAAACCUUUUUUUUAGCAUGAACAUACCUUACUGUAGUCUAGAUAGUAAUUUUACUAGAAAUGGAAUGAAGGGCUUACUAGAGUAUGUUACUAGCAACCAAAUGUAUCUUUCUGUCUGAUCUCUUCUGAACUAUGUCAAUCUACCCAGACUCAUUCACUGUACGGUCAUCACUACUUUUUAUUUUACAUUCCUAUUAUUUUAAGUGUAUUUUAUUUACUCCUGAUCUGUGUUUAAUAAAGAUGGAUGCAGUCGGUGUGGAGUAGUGGGUCAUAUUCAUUAGGCACCAAACGGAAGAAAACGGACAAACAGGGAGGGACUAUAUGAACUUGUCCCAAAAAGAAAGUUUUUUUUUUUAUGUUUGCAAAACGUUUUGCUACGGUGUGACCUAAUGAAUACGACCCUGUUUUAGAUUAAAAAAAUAACUCACUAAAAAGCUACUUCUCACUGAGGUCUCAAGAUGCAAUAUGUUUUUGUUGUUGGUAGAACCAUAGCAUUAGAAUGAUUCCUUCUAUUUCUACGGAUAGAAGUCUUCUCUCACAGCCGUCACUGUCUUGAGUAUAGCCCUCACUACUGGUUCAUCUUUUUCUAACUUAAUUCCUUGACAUUAUUGUGUGAUUUGACUCGACGUUGAUCCUUGCUGCCAGAAAGCCGAGAGCUCUGAACACUGUUGCACAUUGCAGCCUUGAUUGGUGUACUGUACGUGUUGCUAUAGCGAUACUGUGCAUGUUUCUAUGUCCACAGAACUGUGCUGAGAAACACACACACACACACACACACACAACCACACUACUUGUCCAAUGAAAUGACACCAGAAAUGUCCCACGUCUAUUUUUGUAAAGCUGUUUUUUGUAGUCUUUGUUGAAGUGACACAGAGAAGUUUCUUUUUUUAUCCGAUGAGCCAUUGAAAUAAACAACAACAAAAAUAACUAAAUAUCUU